AUGCACCAGGAGAGCGUUUUUCAACAGCAGAGAAACCGAUGUUGAAAGACCACUGCCACAGCGUUGGCUACUGCCGAAGAGGCAGUUGGACACAUGCGUAUUCGGAAGAUCCUCUCUCUGGAGACAGUUAUUCAUUGCAAAAUACAUGAAUACACCUGGACAACAAAUAAAGCCCCAUAAAAUAUGGGGCUUUAUUUACUAACACAUCUCCCAAAAGGCCUGUGAGUGUCUAAGUCACCCACCCGUCUUUUCGGAGGAUUCCUCGCCCUCGUCUACUGUACUGAUCCGCACCACUGCCAGGCAAUGACAUCGGCUACGGCAACUCCGCAGGAGAUGAGAGACCGGCUGAUGCAGGCCAUCGAUGGCCAAAGCAAUCAGAUCUGCAACAUGGUGGCUGUAAUGGAAGUAAUUUCCUAUUUGGAGAAAUAUCCCAUCACCAAGGAAGCACUUGAGGAAACCCGCCUUGGCAAGCUGAUCAACGACGUAAGGAAAAAGACGAAGGAUGAGGAUCUCGCCAAGCGCGCAAAGAAGCUCCUGCGCACAUGGCAGAAGCUAAUUGAGCCUGGGCAGAGUGAGGCACUAUCCAAGGGGCAUAUGGGUCUGCCAGGCGCUGCCAACGGUGGUAUGCAUCUCUGCCGGAUGGACGUCUCCCCUCCAGCUGCUAUCUCGCCUUCAGGUAAAAUGGUUCCGGAACUCAAGAAUAGAAAUGACUUCAACAACCGUUACUCCCCCAAAGCGGAAAAGUCAGGCACCCGAAAACGGAAGGGGGAACAGAGGGACAGGCAGCACAUACCAGUGAAAAUGUCCAAAAUAACCGCCUAUGAAAGAACACACAACUCGCGACUGCCAACAAAUGGAAUUGGAGCCGGUCCUGAGGCUUUUACGGACACAUGUGGUACACAUCUUAAAUCAGACAAGGAUGGUGCUGAGCAUCUUGACAUCGACAGGCUCAACAAUAUCCCUGUCAAUGCUGUCAAACCUCACCCUAGCUCACCGGGAGUAGCCAAACCUCUGAGCACUUCCACAUUGCUCAAAACGACUGUUUUGCAACAGCAUGGCAAAAUGGACCUGGCUGUCUCAGGAGGGGGGCUGCAUCAGCCCAAACACCCUCGAAGCAACUCAUAUAGUCCCAGAAGUAUAAAACAGGAUGCGGUAGUUAAACUGUCUAUGACCAAAUCAACGACUCUACUGAGCCCUGCUAGGGGCCCCAGGGUCAUGGACAGCUCUGGACUGGGGCCCUCUCCUUUGCAUUCUCCACACCUUUUAACCCCAUGUAUGCAGGGUUCCCUCACUGUUGGGCCUCUGCCUACAGAGUCUGCCCUUCAUUGGGACGGACCGGCAGACGUGGACCAACGCCUUCAACAAAGCACUCUGCACCUCAAAGCCUCGUCCCACAGCGAGGUGAAGGCAGAGAGUGAUGGUUCUGUCACUAGCACAGAGAGAAAGAGGAGAAAGAAAUACAGGUCCAGAGACUAUACAGUGAACUUGGGUGGGCAGCCCACGGAAGAGACCACAAUGCCAUGUAGGUUAAAAGACCGUAGACUUACGUUUGACCCUGUAACAGGGCAGAUCAAACCCUCAACCCUCAAAGAGUCUGACCCGGAACGGGAGGCCACAGUGGCUCCGGUCACACCAGAACUUCCUCGGACAGAACUGCUCAAGCAGAACCAUUGUGCACAGAAUAGCCCUGUUACUCCCAGUCCGUUUCAACAGACCAACUGGAAAGAGCUGUCAAGGAAUGAAAUCAUCCAGUCCUACCUUAACCGUCAAAGCAAUGUGCUCACAUUGUCUGGGGCUCAAACCUCGGGGGCACACUUUUUCAUGUCUGAGUACUUGAAACAAGAGGGACAUCAUAUCAAAGAGGGCAGAAAAAAACACAUGCUGGUACCAAAUAUCCCUGAUACGGACUUACCAGGGGUGAGCCGAGCGGUCACAAACAAGGAUCUCAACAGAAUACACAAGGAGCACUGGCCUGGGGUGAAUGGUUGCUAUGACACCAAGGACAACUGGUAUGAAUGGACAGAUUGCAUUUCCUUAGACUCACAUGGGGAUGAUGGCAAGCUGAAUAUCCUGCCAUAUGUCUGCCUAGACUGAGUUUAAUGAGCUGUGGCUUCAAGAGGGAAAAAUGGCACCUUCCUUGGCUGAGUGCAAAAAGGCAAUUGUCAAUGGAAGAACCUGCUCACUCCUUUGCAGACGUCGUGUAAGAGAGGCCUUGCUAAUUGUGCUGCUCCCAUAAAAAGCAAACGUUGAUCAGUGUUCGAUGGGAGAGAGCUCAGCUGAAGCAUCACUGAAGUUCUUUGAGUGGAAUGGGUCCAUACAUUGUCUGCCAAAUGCUAAGAGUUUAAGGUGUCCAGUAACUGCAAGUAUGGAACCUGUUUGGCAUGUACAUGCUGGCAAAGGGAAUGAAACGUGUGGUUAUAUCAUGUAUGCAUUUAUUUCUCAUUUUCUUUCAUUUUGUUAGUUACAUAAAAUAAAAUUAUACACUUCACUUAUUCAAUCAGUUCUGCUUGUCAGGUAAGGUAAAACUGUGUUCUGCAUAUUUUCUCACAAAAAUUGUUUGUAGUAGCAACAUUCCAUACCACCAUACAACUAGAACGGUUCUUGCACCAACACUAACAUCUUAAUAUACAGGGAAACUAUCUGCAAAAUGACACAUUAUGGAAAUGUGAGUUAAUAGCAUUUUCUUUAGCUUUUCCUUUUUUCCUGUUUCUAGGUAGUAAAAUAUGAAUUCUAAUGGCAAAGCAGAUGAUGCUACAACAUUGCAACUAUGAGGAAAAACAGAAAAAUAAAAUGUUUAUGCUGGAAAUAUACUUGUUCCCAUUCCUUUAUAUUGUUUGCCUUAUGGAAAACAAUGUUUCUUCAAACGGAGCCUUAGUGAAUGUACAUAAAUUUGCCUUUUUGUGUUCAGGAAUUCAGAGGAGAACAUAUUUGCUACUUAGUCCUUUUUAAAUGGACACGUUGAUACAGUAUGUGUUAAUAAAAAAUAAAAAAGCAUAUCGUGAGUGUCUUUCUCCCUUUCAUGUGGAAAGCCGUUUGGGUCUUUGCGUGUCAAAUAUUCACGUCAAAUAAGCUUGUUGACCAAUCAGGACCUGAAUAUGACAUUUGUCACAACUAUUUAUAGAUACGUAUGCUAUGUUGCCGUUAUUUGAUUAAUGGUUGUCGGACACAUCUAUGUGAAGUUAGCCACAAUAGUGGACUUUGCGGUUAGCCUUCAAAAUAAAAGUAUAUCAAUGACUUUGAUGCAAAUUAAUACAAAUAGUAGAAUUAUGCCAUACUUGAAUAGAUCAGGUAAACGAGGUUGGAAUGUGUAAGGAUUUAGGAUUAAUGCAUUUUAAACGUACCAUAUUAGUUAAGAUUGAAUUGUUUGAACAACAGCUGCUUUGUCUUUAUCUGUGUGUGUGACAAGAACUGAGUAACAUGGUGUGACUUGCAUGUUGCAAAGCGGUGUACUGUUUGCUACAUUUGCUUUGCCUGUCUGUGUGUGAGACAAUAUUGAGCACAUGGUGUGACUUGCUGCAUGUUACAAAGUUGUGGUAAUCAGGUAUAGGGAGGGGUGGUCAUCACAAGGUUUAACUGAGAUGGAAAAAUACUGAACAACACAAUAGCAGGAACUGAGCAACUGUUACAACUAGGGUGUGAUACCAGAACAGUGAGAAUCUAUACAUCGACAGAGGGUGGACUCCAAGAAGCGCCAAGAGACUAGGACUAGUCUGAGCGCCUGCGAUAGGCUGAGCAAGUCUCUACUGUGAUAGGCCAACAGACGGGUUGGAACUAUGUCUAUCACAGUAUAAGAACAGCUGUUUACGUACAUCCUGUCAGUUCUCUGUUUGCC